GUCCACCCGAUCGAUCCCUGAACCCGCAUCCAUCUUCAACGCCGCCUCUCGUCGCGGCACCCGGGCCUGCAGCAUGUCCUGCAGGUGAUCUACUUGUUCAAUUGAGCUUGACCAAGCACACGGGACCUCUCAAUGCCCUGUCUAGCCCGCCAUGGACGACCCAUAGCGAGGUCUCUCUCCUCGCUCAUCCCGGCCUCAUGCACGACUUUCGGCUUCAUCCGACGCGGCUUCUCCACCGACGCGGCCUCUCACCCUUCCAACAAAACCCAAGUCUACAUCUCCAAGUCCCGGGACCCGCUCCUCAACCUCUCCGCCGAGCACCACCUACUGCAGAUCACGCCAGCCGAAUCCACUGUCCUCAUCCUCUAUGUCAACUCGCCUUGCGUCGUCUUUGGGCGCAACCAGAACCCCUGGCUCGAGACCAACCUACCGCGCCUCGCCCAGAUCGUGACGGAGCCCGGCACACUGGGGUGGACCGAUGGUCCCGUUCAGCUCAUCCGCAGGCGCUCCGGCGGAGGCACUGUCUUCCACGACGCCGGCAACGUCAACUUCAGCGUCAUAUGCCCACCUGCCGCCUUUGACCGCGACAAGCACGCAAGGAUGGUUGUCAGGGCGCUCAAGUCUCUGGGGCGGCCCAUGACGCGCGUCAAUGAGCGCCACGACAUCGUCAUGGACGUCGACAGCACCGAUUCGCAGACAAUAGCCACCACCUCCUCAGGCACCACCUUCAAGGUAUCCGGUUCUGCAUACAAGCUCACCCGUCUACGCUCACUACACCAUGGGACGUGUCUCCUGCGCAGUCCAAACCUCUCCGGUAUAUCAGGCAUGUUGCGCUCCCCGGCAGAGCCCUUCAUCAAGGCCCGCGGCGUCGACAGCGUACGCAGCCCCGUUCGCAACCUGGACCUCGACAACGCCGAUUUUGAGGACGCUGUAGUGGAGCAAUUCCGCCAAAUGUACGGCGACUUUGAUGUCCGCGCCGACUUUGGUAGCGAUGCGCUGGCCGUGGGCAAAAUCAGUGCGGGAUACGAAGAGCUGGGCUCAAGAAGCUGGACAUACAGCCAGACGCCGCGGUUCACUUUCUGCACGCAUCCCUUCCAGGACGAUCCUAGGGUGAGGCCCGAGCUGCCUUUCGAUCUCAAGAUUCACUUCGAGGCUCGGCAUGGCCUGAUUGAGCAGUUCAGCAUUGAAGGUAACGAGAGUGCAGACACGGCAUCUCUCGUCAAGUCAUCAUUGCACGACAUCGGCGACUGGACUGAGCCACUGACGCAAGCUGGCCUAAGCCAGUCAGACGCUGCGGACGUUGGGUCUUGGUUGAAUGGUGUCCUUGGAACGCUGUUCACGAGGCCAUAGGUAAGUGCCUUACGCGUAUCAGACUCUGAGUUGUCAAUUUGCUUCUCGCGAGCGACUUGUUCCACCGCAUACACCUCGGACAAGCUAUCUAGUAUUCGAGGUGAUACCCAAGCAAUGGAGUAGGGUGGCUGGCAAGGGAUGUAAUAGCAAUGACGCUCCCAGCUGCUAGAGCAGGCGAUAAUACCCUCAAAGACACCUUUUCGCACAAGGGAAUGUAUGCGAGAGCCAUAUAAUACACAAACUUUUGUACUCUC